GGGAGGAGUCAUUUCGUCCUGAAACUGGCUACAGACCACAUGAAAUCUCCAGUAAUGUGAUGCCAAAGCAGCUUGUUAAACUCCCGAAGAGCACUGUCUGACCUGACGGAACUUCUUCAGUUCUGCGCCUCAUCAUCAACAUCAUCUUUACUUUCCACCUGAUGACACAUUUCUCAGGGAUUGUAACAAGGCGAGUUGUUUCCUCUUUGGCUCUCGCAUCUCUCAAACUCAAGUUUGACAUUUUUCUAAAAAGUGGAAAUGAAUAACACCGGGUUCAACCAAACGGAGGGAGGACUGCUCAACAAGACCGAAGAGUUAUUCUGCUGCAACUUUUCCUCCGUGGUGACUGAUAACGGCUUUGUGCCCGCUGCUCCGGAUGAGAGGAGCCUCUUCGUCAUGAGGGUGGUCCAGAUAGCAGUGAUGUGCGUUUUGUCCCUCACGGUGGUCUUUGGCAUAUUUUUCUUGGGAUGCAACCUUCUCAUAAAGUCAGAGGGAAUGAUCAACUUUUUAGUAACGGACAGGAGACCUUCUAAAGAAACGGAGGCAGUUAUUGUUGGAGCCUACUGACUGACGAGGACCUUUGUAUAAAGAUGUUAAUCAGAUCUGAAGUCCAGUGAAGCCAGAUGGAAGAAAGCGAUCAACAAACAAGACCCCGUUUUCAUAUUGGUAUUUAAAAAACCUCAGAGGUGUCUUACCAUGCUGGUGACUGCGGCUUUAAGGUGUUCCGUUAAGUUAUUCCUUGAGGCUUUUUAAUGCCAACAAAGACUCAAUCUUCUCCAAGAGGUAUAGUGCUUUUUAAGCCUCUUUGUUUAUUAAGUAUUCAGUCAAGCACUGUUCAGUUGGAGCUACGUAUGUCAAGAAGCAUCCUCAUAAAGUGGCAAAGUCUUCACAUUUGCUGCUUUAUCAAGCAAUUAUUGUUUUAAACAUUGACUGUAUGUUGUAUGUGUUUUUGCAUACAAUAUGCAAUAUAUUAUUCGAUGUAUUUAUCUUGACUUCCUGGUGUUGACUGUAUGAGUUUGGGCGGUGGAGAAAAACAUUCUGUAUUCUGUUAAUUGGAAUAAAUUCGUACUGUAAUUAAA